GCUCCGCUCCGAGGCCGCGGCGCGUCCCCGCCAUGGCCGCCCGCGCCCCCCGCUUCCCCCCGGCCCCUCCCGCCGCCCGCCGCUCCCCGCCGCGCCCCGCCGCCCUCCCGCUCGUCCUGCUCCUGCUCCUGGCCGGCCCGCUCGGCGGGGCCCGCGCUUUGACAUGUCUGUGCUCUGACUGCAAACAAGCCAACUCCACGUGUGAGACGGACGGUGCCUGCAUGGUCUCAGUGUUCAACCUGGACGGUGUCAAACACCACGUGCGGACCUGCAUUCCUGAGGCCAAACUGAUUCCUGCUGGGAAACCCUUCUAUUGUCUGAGUUCAGAGGAUCUGCGUAAUACUCACUGCUGCUACUCCGAUUUUUGCAACAAAAUUGAUUUAAUGGUUCCCAGUGGACACCUGAAAGACAACGAGCCCCCGUCGAGCUGGGGUCCCGUGGAGCUGGUGGCGGUGAUUGCCGGGCCCGUGUUCCUCGUGUUUGUUGUCAUGAUCAUUGUGGUUUUUGUGUUCCACCACCACCAACGGGUCUAUCACAACCGCCAGAGGCUGGACAUGGAGGAUCCUUCUUGUGAAAUGUGCCUUUCCAAGGACAAGACCUUGCAAGAUCUGGUCUAUGAUCUCUCCACCUCCGGCUCUGGCUCAGGCCUGCCUCUGUUUGUCCAGCGGACGGUGGCUCGGACCAUUGUCCUUCAGGAGAUCAUCGGCAAGGGCCGCUUUGGGGAGGUGUGGCGGGGCAGGUGGCGCGGGGGCGACGUGGCCGUGAAGAUCUUCUCGUCUCGUGAGGAGCGCUCGUGGUUCAGGGAGGCAGAGAUCUACCAAACCGUGAUGCUGAGGCACGAGAACAUCCUGGGAUUCAUUGCUGCAGAUAACAAAGAUAAUGGGACGUGGACCCAGCUGUGGCUCGUGUCUGACUACCACGAGCACGGCUCUCUCUUUGAUUACCUGAACCGCUACACGGUGACCAUCGAAGGCAUGAUCAAGCUCGCCCUGUCUGCUGCCAGCGGGCUGGCCCACCUGCACAUGGAGAUCGUGGGCACUCAGGGAAAACCUGGGAUUGCUCACAGAGACCUGAAAUCCAAGAACAUUUUGGUGAAGAAGAACGGCACGUGUGCCAUCGCUGACCUCGGCCUGGCCGUCCGGCACGACUCCGUCACGGACACGAUCGACAUCGCCCCCAACCAGAGGGUUGGAACCAAACGAUACAUGGCCCCAGAAGUCUUGGAUGAAACCAUCAACAUGAAGCAUUUUGAUUCAUUUAAAUGUGCUGAUAUCUACGCCUUGGGCUUGGUCUACUGGGAGAUUGCCCGAAGGUGCAAUGCAGGAGGUAUCCAUGAGGAGUAUCAGCUUCCCUACUACGACCUUGUGCCCUCUGAUCCCUCGAUUGAGGAGAUGCGGAAGGUUGUGUGUGACCAGAAAUUGCGGCCAAACAUCCCAAACUGGUGGCAGAGCUAUGAGGCACUACGGGUGAUGGGCAAGAUGAUGCGAGAGUGCUGGUACGCCAACGGAGCAGCUCGGCUCACUGCCCUGCGCAUUAAGAAAACCCUCUCCCAGCUCAGUGUCCAGGAAGAUGUGAAAAUUUAAGCUCUGAGCCUCAGCAGGAGGAAACUGCACAGGAGCUGCUGUGCUAGAGUAGACAUGUGAUGGAGGCCUACCUCGUGUUUCAGCCCAACCUACUGCUACAACCAGACAGCGGGACCUGCAGGCUGCUAGGCAGGGGGACGGAGCCUACGGAACCGCUCUCUUCCCUGCUUGGGUAUGAAACAAUCCAAAACCUUUUGUGAUCACCUCCUGAGAGCGUGGAGACUUGAGAGGGACUUCACCCGAGGGAUCUCAGCCAUGAUCGUAACUCUUUGUUCCUUUCAAGGAAAUCCCUGUAAAGUUCAGCGUGCGUUGAGCACCCAUUGGUGGGGUCGGAGCCAGCCCCGGGUGCUCGGUGCCGGGAGUGGGAAGGGAAAGGGAAAGUGUUCUUGCCGUACUCUCGAGGAUUUUUCCAGGGACUGGCACGUUAAUGCAGAAAAAGCAAAACAAAUGGUGCUCUCUUCCAAGAGGCUGAGCCAGAACAGUUGUAUCAGCUUCACAAAACCGUUCUCCCUCCUUUUCUUAAGCUUGAAAAACAAAAGUCCAAGUGGGCGCCCCGGUGGGCGCCCGGUGUCUGCAUGCGCGAGGUGCGCGUGUCCCCGUGCCUGGUCAUCUCCUCAUAGCCGUGCGGUGUCUGCCCGUGGGUGGCUCAUCUCUGUCCGUGCUUCCUGUGCAUGUGCAAAUCUCGAGUGUCCCGUUUGUGAGCUGUUGCUGGUGCUCUCCGUGCUGAGUCGUGAGCGUCGUGGAGCUUUGGACAGGCUGCUGCAGAGCGGAUCCCCGGCUCCCCGAUGGGCGCCGCGGCCGCGCCGACUCCGCCGCCGGCUGCCACAACGUCCCAUCAGGUUGCCUCACUGCCACCCCCUUCCUUUUUUUAAGACAAAACGAAAAGGAGGAACUGAGAAUCACUCCUGGAACCCAGGUUUUUUUUGUCUUGAGCCCCCGGGGUUUGUAAUUCUGGCUAGCGGGGAGCUGAGUGGUGUCAGAGGUGGAGCGGGCGCUGUGGGGGAGUGCAGGACUCUGUUCUCCUGGGAACACAAUUCCCAACUCCACCACCCAGGCAGAUUUCUGGGGGUCUGGUGAUGAUGCAGCGCUGCAGGCUGGGGACAGAGUGGCUGGACAGUGGCCAGGCAGAAAGGGGCUUGGGGGUACUGGUUGGCAGCUGACUGAGCGUGAGCCAGCAGUGUGUCCAGGUGGCCAAGAGAGCCUGGACCAGGGAUGGUGUGGCCAGCAGGAGCAGGGAGAUCAUUCCUCCCCUGUACUUGGCACUGGUGAGGGCACACCUCGAGUGCUGUGUCCAGUUCUGGGCCCUCAGUUUGGGAAGGAGAUUGAGAUGCUUGAGCCUGUCCAGAGGGGGCAACGAGGCUGGAGAGGGGCUGGGAACACAAACCCUGCAAGGAAUGGGGAUGUGAGGAGCUGGGGGUGUUCAGCCUGGAGAAAAGGAGGCUCAGGAGAGACCUCAUCACUCUCUACAACUCCCUGAAAGGUGGCUGUGGCCAGGUGGGGUCUCUGCUCCCAGGCAGCCACUGACAGAACGAGAGGACACAGCCUUAAGCUGUGCCAGAGGAAGUUUAGCUUGGACAUAGGAAAAAAUUCUUCACUGAAAGAGUGAUUGGGUACUGGAAUCAUCUGCCCAGGGAGGUGGAGGAGUCACUGUCCCUGGACAUGUUUGUGAAAAGACUGGGCAUGGCACUCAGGGCCAUGGUUUAGUUGAUGAGGAGGGGUUAGGUUAGGUCAUAGGUUGGACUUGAUGAUCUCAAAGGUCUUUUCCAGCCUGGCUCAUUGUGUGAUUCUGUGCUCUGCACCUCCCAGAGGCGCUGGGCAGGGUCUGACAGCAGGCGUGGGUUGGGAAAUCAACAUCCAUCUUUUUCAUAUAGGUGUAUAAAUAUCUCCUAAUGUGGAAGUGGCUGUGUCUCCGUGUGGGGUGGGGGGAUCUGCAUGGGUUUUCUUUUCAUUCACCAGGUGAGGGAGAGGUGGGGUGACUACAGAGACUGUGGAAGUGAGGGCUGUGGCUGCCCUGAUGGCUUUGGCAGUCAGGAGGAGCCGUGGUGUGGAGGUCAGGUCAGUGUCUGCAGUAGAGAACUCUGAAGCCAUAACUUUUAACUGGAGUGGUUUUGAUUAUUAUUAUUUUUUUAAUUAUUAUUGUUGUUAUUAUUAUUAUUAUUAUUGUUGUUUUCUGGGAGGGUCUGGAUUUUAACUUUUUUGAAUAUUGUUAAUUCUUUCUAAGAGCAGAAAAACAAUCUCUAAUUAUUACCUCUUGACCUGUUGGUUUGUAAAGAAAUCACUGCAAAAAAAAAAAAAAAAAGAAAGAAAAAACCAAA